GAAGUAAGUAGUCAUGGAGCGAAGGAGAGGGUGAAGGUGGGGCAGGCCGGAGUCUGCCAGGAGAGUCAGCCUGGAGGUGGCGCGGGGGAGUCCGAGAAGGAGACGAAUCCCCAGGAACCUCGGUCAGCCGCGCCUGAGUCUGGCAUGCUGCCGCCGCCGAUUGUUCUGCCCUCUUCUGACCACUCUGCGCGGUUGCCUGCUGUUUCUUCUGCCGACAUGUUCUCGUCGCCGCUGCAGGAAGCCUCCGUGUCUCGCGCUGGCCAUGGUGCUGCCGUCCCUUGUUCUGCACCCAACUUGUCUACGCGGCCUGACGCCACGGCGCCAUUACAGGACCUCCCUGCUUCCGCGCAGCCUGGUAUUUUCGACCCCUCUCGUGCCCCCGACUUUCAGUUCGGCGGCGCUCUGAGCUUCUCGAUGGGGCCACCUGCUCCUGACACUUCCUCUGGCCGUUUGGGGAAACGUCAGACUGACCUUUGGGCGGACGACGAGUAUGACUGGUCUGCUGCUCCAACUGGUGACCGUCCUCCAGCCCCGUCUUCGCCCCUACACGGCCUGCAGCCGCCCAUGCCUCAACGCGCCUACGCCAAGCGUGCCAAGCGUGCUGCUACUGUGGUCCACACUUCGCAGAUUGCUGGUCCUUCUCAUGUGGACGUGCCGUUGAUCUUGCCUCCGGUGUCUGUGCACGGUGGUCCUGAGGGCCGCCCGACGACGACUCAGUUGCCCCCCGCCUCCCGUGUCUCGGCCGCCGCCGCCGUCGCAGAAAAUGCCGCCGGCGCGGCCCGGCACUGA